UAUGGUGUAUAUAUAAUUAGAUCAUAUAUUUGCUUUCUUGGUCAUUCAUAUUUCCCUUCACCUGCUUCUGUCUUUCAUACUUUCUCGUCUUUACCUACAACAAUCUAAUACAAUGAGCUGGUGGUGUGCUAGAGCUGUUGGUGCUGCAGAGGUCAUAACCAAAUGCAGUUACUCUUGAAUCGAUUCGCCUAUAGACAGACUGACAGCUAGAAUCAAAUUUUACGUAUCGCCUUUUCAAUCUCUCUUGUUCCAAUUUUUUAGCAUCUCUGUUACUCUUCCUUGUCGAACAAAUCUAAUUCAAAAACAUGAGCUGGUGGUGGUCGGGAGCUAUAGGCGCUGCAAAGAAAAAAUUCGAAGACGAUGAUGCUCCACGAAGCUACGACAGCGUAGGCCUAAUCGUAGGCGUCACCGGCAUUGUAGGAAACAGCUUGGCCGAAAUCCUCCCUCUCUCCGACACCCCCGGCGGCCCAUGGAAGGUCUACGGCGUCGCUCGCCGCCCCCGCCCCGCCUGGAACGCCGACCACCCCAUUGACUACAUCCAGUGCGACAUCUCCGACUCCGCCGACACCCUCUCCAAGCUCUCCCCCCUCUCCGACAUCACCCACAUCUUCUACGUCACCUGGACCAACCGACCCACCGAGUCCGAACGCUGCGAUGCCAACGGAGCCAUGCUACGCAACGUCCUCAACGCCGUCCUCCCAAACGCCCCCAAUCUCCGCCACAUCUGCCUCCAAACCGGCCUCAAACACUACAUCGGACCCCUCGAAUCGCUCGGCAAGGUCCAGCCAAACGACCCGCCAUUCACCGAGGACAUGCCCAGGCUCAACGCUCCCAAUUUCUACUACACCCUCGAAGACAUCCUCUUCGAUUCCACUUCCAAGAAAGAAUCCUUGUCCUGGUCGGUUCACCGACCCGCUAUCAUUUUCGGGUUCUCGCCGUAUAGCAUGAUGAAUAUAAUCGGGACUCUCUGUGUGUAUGCUGCGAUUUGUAAAUACGAAAACAAGCCUCUCGAAUUUCCCGGAACGAAGACCGCCUGGAAUUGCUAUUCCGUUGCUUCGGACGCGGACUUGAUCGCGGAGCAUCAGAUAUGGGCGGCGGUGGAUCCAAACGCGGAGAACGAAGCGUUUAAUUGCAGCAAUGGGGAUGUGUUCAGGUGGAAGCAAUUGUGGAGAGUUUUGGCUGAGCAAUUUGGUGUGGAAUAUGUGGAAUUUGAUGAGAGUAAGAAGAGAGUGAGCUUGGUGGAGAAGAUGAAGGAUAAGGGUAAGGUUUGGGAGGAGAUUGUGAGGGAGAAUGAGUUGUUGCCCAUGAAGUUGGAAGAGGUGGCGGCGUGGUGGUUUGUGGAUGAGAUGCUGGGGGGAGAAUGCAUUUUGGAUACUAUGAAUAAGAGCAAAGAGCAUGGGUUCUUGGGGUUCAGGAACACCAAGAACUCGCUUAUUUCUUGGAUUGACAAAAUGAAAGGUUACAAACUUAUUCCUUGAAUUGUUAAUGGGAGUUUGGAAUUUGUGGCUAUUGGAAUGUUGACAAUCAAGUGUUGUAAUAAGGAGUAUCAUGAGAUUGAGGUUUGAUUUUGUUUUUUUGUUUUUCUUUUUUGGAGUGUCCUGUAACAGCAUGAAUAAGAACAAUAAUAUGUGUUUCCCCGUUCACUUGGGCUGAUCAAAAUUGCUAGUAACA